CUUGGUAAUUUAAUAGAAUGAAAUUGAAACAUUAGCAAAGUAUGUUAUUACAAGAAAUGCUAUGUACAAUUUUUUUUAAAUCACCUCAUCCGGUUAAAAGUAAUUUUUUCAAACAAAAUCAAGUUACGUAAAGAAACAACUCCUACAAUAGAUCUAAUUCAUUGGACGGAGAGUAUUAAGCGUUGGACCUAUCAUACACCACGAAUAACCCUUAAAGAAUUUGUACCAAAGGCUCUAUCUUUGCAACGUAUCAUCGACCGCUGACGACGCCAUCGACGCCAACACUAAGCCACGUCAAGGCCAGAAGUUAGCGUGAGCCCAUUGUCGAUUAGUAGUAAUGCGAGAUCGGCAUCAUUCGAAUUCAUAAAAUGUUGACAGCGCAAUCGGUAGGGACGAUGCGUGCUCCCGCAGCCCUUGGCCCCGUUGAGGGCAGCGACCACCUGUUUCUUCUGCCACAGAGGGCCCUGGGCAUGGACAGUACUCACCUGAGACAGGACCUCGCAAGUCUCGACUUCAAUCUUCAUCUGAAUCUCUUGCACACGGCACCCAAGGGCAACAUCUGGCUAUCUGGAACAGUACCAGACGAAAACAGUCAAAGGGGCAGUUCAGCACAUAAUCGUCAUUCCCUUACUAAGGAACAAACGAUGCAUUGGUUUGCCCGAAUCGGUUCUGAAGACUCUAUUCAGCUGUCAGAUUUGAGGUGUCGCAGUAAUCAAUUUGAUGCAGACUCUCUCGAUGGCGAUCAUCCACUUGAACAUGAAGGUCGAGAUUCGACGGGCGGUGGUAGCGGCAAUGGCUUCGCUAAGGAUUUGGACAGGGCGAAGCUGGUACGCGACAGACAGAACGAGGAGCGUCAGCGGAAGCUCGAGGAAUUACGUCAGCAGGCCCUCGCCGCCCAGAGAUUCCGCGAGCAGCGCGAGGAGGAGAGGCGCAGGCGCAUCGAGGAGCUCAGGAACAGGGAUUACGACAGGCGGAGUCAGGUGGAGGAGCGCAAGCGACUGAUCUGGGAGGCGGAACGCGAGAGACGCGAGGCAAUCCUACGUAAGAACCAGGAACGCGAGGCGCGCAUUGAGGCCAAACGCAAGAACGAGCGGUCGCACAUCGUGUUCGCGUUCGGCAGCUCGACGCCCCGAAUGCUCGAACCCGCGGACACGGGCGGCGCGAGUUUCUGGGGCACGAGACGCGCCACCAGCACGACCAACGUCAUGACCUUCUCAGCAGCCCAGCCACUCACCAGGAGAUCCUCCGAGCGCGAACUCGACGGCAGCAAGAAGCGGGCGACGUCGGCCGGCGGCCUUGAUAGGAAGCCUGGCGAAGGUCGGUCUCCAGUCAACAAAUUCUUUAAUCGCUAUUCCCUCGUAAUGAACGCGUUGUUCAUUAUGACCGUGCUUAGCUAAGGACGUCGUGAUUACGUCGUUCCUUCUUACUCUAGUCU